AUGACUAGAUGUGGAAUCUGUCAUAUACAUGGUGGUAAUGAUAAUGGUUCAGAUCAUCAACUAUUAUGUUCAAGUUGUACAAAUUUCCAAUUAUUAAAACCAAAAUUAAAUUAUAUUAAUUUAUUAAUUGAAUUAGAUUUUAAUAAGAAAUCAGUUAAUCAAAUAUUACAAAAUUGUAUCCAAGGUGAAAACAUUACAUUCUUGAAAGAUUAUAUAAAUGAUAAACAAGAUAAAGUGGUUAAUGAUUCAGUUUCAAUCCAUUCAAUUGCUGCAUUAUCUUCACAAUUAUUAACUAUAGAUUCAAAAUUAAUUCAAAGGAAAAAUAAUAAAAUUUUGAGAGAAAUAAAUAUAUUGAAAAGUAAAUCAGAUUCAAAGAAACUGAGGCUUGAAUCAUUAAAUUUGGAAAAACAUGAAAAAUUACAAAAAAUAGCAUCUAAAUCAUUAAAUUAUAAUAAAGAUCAAAUUACAUCCAAGAUUAAUCAAAUAUUAGAUGAUUCCCUGAAAUUUCAAAAACAAAUAAAUAAUAAUCAAUCAAUUUUAUUUCAAGAAUUAAUAAAUAUUUAUAAUAUCAAAAAAAGGAAAACAUCAAAUCAAUUAAUUUUUUUAAUUUCUUUCAAUCCAAUUAUAUCAAUUUAUAAUUUAACACAAUACCCACUUGAGCUGAUAAAUUCUUCAUUAUUACAAAUUACAAAAUUUAUUUAUCAAAUAUCACAAAUUUGGUUUAUAAAUUUACCCUAUGAUAUUAAAAUUAUGACAAAAGAAGAUCAAUUUAACCCCAAGAUUCAAAAUUUUGAAAUAUUACCCAAAUUAGCAGAUUCAAAUACAUCAUCAAUUUUUGAUAUUUCUAAAAAUGAUUUAAUUUGGUUUAUAAAUUCAUUAUCAAGAUUAAUUUUAAAUAUCAUGGAAAUAUUAAAAUUCUUCCAAUUAGAUGAAAAAAUCCAUAAUUAUAAAACAUUAUUUAAAAUUGAUGAAUUAAUUUAUAAAAUUGUUAAUAAUAAUCAUGAAAUAACGUCUAAUGAUUCAAAUGAUUUUAAACCAGGUGAGAUUGACUUAUAUGAAUUAAAUCAAUUGAUUUAUAAAUAUUUGAUUAAUAAAAUUAAAGAAAAAAAUAAUGAAUGGCAAGUUAUUAAAAAUGAUAUUUUUGAUGAUGAUGAGUGA